AUGGCGGUGGAAGGAGGGAUGAAAUGUAUCAAGUUCUUGCUCUACGUUUUUCUGCUGGCCUUUUGCGCCUGUGCAGUGGGACUAAUCGCUGUGGGUGUGGGAGCCCACCUUGUCCUGAGUCAGACUGUUAACCAAGGGGCCACCCCGGGCUCCCUGUUGCCUGUGGUCAUCAUUGCAGUGGGUAUCUUCCUCUUCCUGGUGGCCCUUGUGGGCUGCUGUGGGGCCUGCAAGGAGAACUACUAUCUUAUGAUAAUGUUUGUCAUCUUUCUGUCUCUCAUUAUGCUGGUGGAGGUGGCCACAGCCAUUGCUGGCUAUGUGCUUAGAGACAAGGUGACGUCGGGGUUUAAGGAGUAUUUCCAGCAGCAGAUGCAGAAUUACCCAAAAGACAACCAAACGGCUAAGUUCCUGGACAAGUUGCAGCAAGAGUUUAAGUGCUGUGGGGCUGCUAACUACACAGACUGGGCAAACGUUCCCCUCCUGCCCAAGGGCCGAGUUCCUGACUCUUGCUGUGUCAAUGUCACUCAAAGCUGUGGGAUUGAUUUUAAAGUGGAGAACAUCAAUGACAAGGGCUGUGUGGAGAACAUUGGUGGCUGGCUGAGGAGAAAUGUGCUGGUGGUAGCUGCAGCAGCCCUGGGCAUUGCUUUUGUGGAGGUCCUAGGAAUUGUCUUUGCUGUCUGCCUCGUGAAGAGUAUCCGAAGUGGCUACGAGGUGAUGUAG